AUGGAAACGCAGGGCAAAACGAACGAGGGAAUCCGUCAGAGAAAGAAGGCAGGCGGGAACAAAAGAUUGGCACAACGGGACAAGCUGGUAGGAGACGGGAAGGGGAAUGGCUCACAAACCCGAACCGAGCGGCAGGGAGACGAGAUCCUGGCACCAAGGGAUGCUGCCGACACAGCGCGCAAUCAGGGGGAACAGGAGGACCGGUCGUCUGGAGGGGGAGAGGAGUCGACACAGCUAGCCCCGUCCGGGACUGGGGGGGAGGAUGGGGAGGAGGAACAGGCGGAACCCCGGGAGGAGGCGCCGAUGGGGCCGGCGGGAGAGAAGGCGCGGCCAGAGGCACAGCAACUGGCGAUGGCGCCUCGGGUAGAGGGUGAGAGUACAGAUGUGGCAGAGGCACAGCAGCAGGCGGAGGCUCUGGCGACUGGAACGGCAGCGACGAUGCUGACUGGGAUAGCGAGGGAGGAAGCUGCAGCGGCUAGAAUGGCGUGGAAGGAGCAGGUUGCUGUUGGAGGAGCGGACCGACUACUUGUCGUUGGACAGCAGGAGAGUGCCGAGGUGGGCGGCGAGUACGGAAUGACCCUCCGCGCACACGAAUGUAUGGGUGGGUCCGCCCACGAGGAGAUCGAUAAAUCGGAUCCCGGGGGCGCGAGGGGGCUGCGCCCCCCUUGUGUGCGACCAGGGCAGCGGCGGCUCGGAGCAGGAUUGGUGCCAGCGCGCCCUGGGCCUCUAGCGGGUAACCGACGCACCAUGAGGGGGAGACGUAGACGACGAUCACGAAGAGGAGGAGGUGAGGGCGGCGGCAGCGGCGGAACAAAGGCGGCGAGCUGGGACGGAUCGGCAGAGGACCUUGCAAGAGCAGGCAGAGCGCAGGGCGAUGACGCCGCAGACGCAAAACACGGCGGGUAG